GCUCCGCUCUUCUCAUUGCAACUUUUGCACGGUCUCCACAGUCAUGUUAUAYACUAGCUCAAGUCAACCUGCAAUUUGGCUCAACAUUUGAGCCAAAAACAAUUCACAAUCGGCGGGGUUGUGUUGCAGAAAUCUUCCUCUAUAAUUUUCCCGUGGACUGAGCACGAAUUUGGAACCCUGGAUGGGAUUUUAGACAUGUUUUCUCACUAAUAAACUGGGCUAGUAAUGCAGGAGACAGAGACUCUGUCAGUGGCUCAAGAUGGCAGAUUUUUAUUGAGUUCUGAACAGAUAUCUUGCUUUAUUUUUUGCCAUGAAUAACAGAAGUCCUUGCACCGAUGGCCCCUGUGUACGAAGGUAUGGCCUCGCAAGUGCAAGUCUUGUCCCCUCACACUCUCCAGUCAAGUGCCUUCUUUAGCGUGAAGAAGCUGAAGGUGGAGCAGAGUUCAUACUGGGAUAUGACAGGGUACGGCACACACAGCAAAGUCGUCUACAACCAGAACAGCAAGCAGCAUUUGUCCCAAGCCACCUCUCUGGGAAUCAACUCCUCUCUGCCCUACGAGCAGCCUGCGCUCAUCUUCCCGGCGAGUGCAGGGAAAAUUGUGGUUGCCUCGGCUAGCAGUACCUCAGGCAUUACAGGGCCUCUGGGGACUCUGUUGAGCUUGGGCGGUAGCGGUAGUGGUAGCGGCGGUGGAGGCAGUAGCAGUAGCGGAGGAGGAAGCGGUGGAGCAGUCCACAACCUGACCCGUCGCAGCACCGUCAGCCUGCUGGACACCUACCAGCGAUGCGGGCUUAAGCGUAAGAGUGAGGAGCUCGACAACAGCAACAGCAGCGUGACGAUCAUCGAGGAGCACGGCGGCAGCACAACGAUGAUCCAGAACGCAGCCAGCGGGGCCACGGUGGCCAUCGCCACGGCAACGGCCACAUCGACAGCCACCUCCAAGAACAGUGGUUCCAACAAUGAAGGGGACUACCAGUUGGUGCARCACGAGGUGGUCUGCUCCAUGACCAACACCUACGAGGUGCUAGAGUUCUUGGGCAGAGGCACCUUUGGCCAAGUGGUAAAGUGUUGGAAGAGGGGCACCAACGAGAUUGUGGCCAUCAAGAUCCUGAAGAACCACCCAUCGUACGCGCGCCAGGGCCAGAUCGAGGUGAGCAUCCUGGCCCGGUUGAGCACAGAGAGUGCAGACGACUACAACUUUGUGCGUGCCUACGAGUGCUUCCAGCACAAGAACCAUACAUGCCUGGUGUUCGAGAUGCUGGAGCAGAACCUGUACGACUUCCUCAAGCAGAACAAGUUCAGUCCGCUGCCGUUGAAGUACAUUAGGCCAGUCUUACAGCAGGUGGCCACAGCUCUGAUGAAGCUCAAGAGCCUGGGCCUGAUCCACGCUGACCUGAAGCCAGAGAACAUCAUGUUGGUGGACCCCUCCAGGCAGCCCUACCGAGUCAAGGUCAUUGACUUUGGCUCAGCCAGCCACGUGUCCAAAGCCGUGUGCUCCACCUACCUGCAGUCCAGAUACUACAGAGCUCCGGAGAUCAUCCUGGGCCUGCCCUUCUGUGAGGCCAUCGACAUGUGGUCCCUGGGCUGUGUCAUUGCUGAGCUCUUCCUAGGCUGGCCCCUCUACCCAGGGGCCUCCGAGUACGACCAGAUCCGAUACAUCUCUCAGACACAGGGGCUGCCUGCGGAGUUCCUCCUGAGUGCAGGGACUAAGACUACCAGAUUCUUCAACAGAGACACAGACUCCACCAACUACCCCCUGUGGAGGCUGAAGACACCAGAGGACCAUGAGGGAGAGACGGUGAUCAAGUCCAAGGAGGCCCGGAAGUACAUCUUUAACUGCCUGGAUGAUAUGGCUCAGGUGAAUAUGACAUCAGAUCUGGAGGGCAGUGACAUGCUGGCGGAGAAGGCAGACCGUAGAGAGUUCAUCGACUUGUUGACCAAGAUGCUUACGAUCGACGCGGACAAACGGAUCACCCCCAUCGAGACCCUCAAUCACCCAUUCGUAACCAUGACCCACCUCCUUGACUUCCCCCACAGCACACAUGUCAAGUCCUGCUUCCAGAACAUGGACAUCUGUAAGCGUCGUGUGGGCAUGUACGACACGGUCAACCAGAGCAAGACCCCUUUCAUCACCCACGUGGCCCCCAGCACCUCUACCAACCUCACCAUGACCUUCAACAACCAGCUCAACACUGUGCACAACCAGGCCACCAACCUGGCUCCCUCCACCACCAGUACCACCCUUUCCCUUGGCAACCCCGAUGUCUCCAUAUUAAACUACAGAUCUGCACUCUACCAGCCCUCAGCGGCCUCCAUGGCUGCCGUGGCACAGAGGAGCAUGCCCCUGCAUCCUGUGGCCCCUCAGCUCUGUGCUGCACGGCCUGACCCCUUCCAGCAGGCCCUCAUCGUCUGCCCACCUGGCUUCCAAGGUAUGCAGGCCUCCCCGUCCAAACACACGGGCUACUCUGUGCGGAUGGAUAACGCCGUCCCCAUAGUGACGCAGGCCCCCGGCACCCAGCCCCUGCAGAUCCAGCCAGGCCUGUUGACACAGCAGGCCUGGCCCAAUGGCACCCAGCAGAUCCUUCUCCCCCCCGCCUGGCAGCAGCUCACCCACACCUCAGUCCAGCACGCCACCGUCAUCCCUGACUCCAUGACGGCCUCCCAGCCCCUGGCUAACUGGAGGAAUUCUCACCCACACGGCGGCCAUUACAAUCCCAUCAUGCAACAGCCGGCGCUGCUGGCUGGCCACGUCACCCUCCCAUCCAACCACAACCAGCCUCUCAAUGUGGGCGUGGCCCAUGUGAUGAGGCAACCGUUGACCAAUAACAACAACUCUUCUUCCAAAAAGACCAAGCAGCAUCAGAUGACUGCCAGGAACGUGUCUGCGUACGAGGUGUCCUCCUCCCAGGCGGUACAAUCACCACAGCACUCCAAGCGGCUGAAGGAGAACACCCCUCCACGUUGUGCUGUGCUUCAGAACAACGGCCCUUCCUCCGGCUCCAGCUGCGGACCUCCCCUGGGCUGUGGAGGGUGGGGACGGGGCGAGGCAGAGCAAGCCUCCAGCACCACCAGGGACCACCAUCAGCACCACAACGGGCAGCGUCAGACCAUCAUCAUCCCUGAUACGCCCAGCCCUGCCGUCAGCAUCAUCACCAUCAGCAGUGACACGGACGAGGAGGAUGAUCACAAGAAUAGCAACACCAACCAUACUAGCUCAUUCAAGCAGAGGAAGAACGUCAUCAGCUGUGUCACAGUACACGACUCCCCCGACUCUGACUCAUCCAGUAACAACAGUCCCUAUGCAGUAGAGUCCAGGCAGCCCAACAACAACGGCUACCAUGACUCCAAGACCACCCUGCUGGACAACUACAGCAACGGAAACAACCUUCGCUCCAUCAUCAUCCCCCCUCUGAAGAGCCAGUCCAGCGAGGUGCUGAGCGAGUGUGAGCGCCUGAUGCCAGGUACCUACACAGAUAUCUACACAGGUACCUACACAGAUAUCUACACAGAUGCAAUGAAUCAUCAGAAUUCGGCAUACAAGUUCAAAACCUCCAACGGCGUGGGCAUGGUGUCUGGCAACAACCACCUGUCGGGGGGCGUGGCUUACCGACAGCAGCGCUCAGGGCCAAACCCCUUCCAGCAGCAGCAGCCUCUCAAUCUCAGCCAGGUAUGGAGAGAGAGCCAAGCCCAGCAUCACAUGGUAACUGAGCGGAACGGAGGCCACCGGCGCCAGCAGGCUUACAUCACCCCAACCAUCGCAGCCCAGGCCCCCUACUCCUUCCAGCACCACAACAGCCCCUCUCACACUGCCAACGUGCACACCCACCUGUCUGCCACCCACCUGGCUGCCACCCACCUGCCCGGCCAGCCCCACCUCUACACCUACACUGCCACGCCAGCAGCCCUGGGCUCCACGGGCACUGUGGCCCACCUGGUGGCAACCCCGGGCUCUGCCCGCCACACGGUCCAGCACACCACAUACCACACACCGGCCAUUGUUCACCAGGUACCCGUCAGCAUGGGGCACCACGUGCUGCCCUCACCCACCCUGCACCACAGCCAGUACCAGGCUCAGUUUGCUCACCAGACGUACAUCAGCGCCUCGCCUGCCUCCACUGUCUACACUGGAUACCCACUGAGCCCCACCAAGGUGAACCAGUACCCUUACCUCUAGAGCCAAGCCAACACACUGGAGACCCAGACCCCCAGAUCCAGACCCCAGCAAUGCUGCUGCUGCUCACUCCAUGUCCUCCCUCCCCAUCCCCACUCCACAGACAGAGAGAUAGAGAGAGAGAGACAUGCAAUCUUUAUAAAACUGUCACGUUUACUUGAAGACAUAAUGACAGAGAGGAAAAAGGUAAAAUGAAAUUUCUAUUAUUACUUUUCUUUUCCCAAAAAAUUCUCCAAAAGGGCCAGUUUUGCUUUGUUUUCUCUCUUGGUUUUAUUUCUACUUUCAAAUGAGAGUAAUUUCUCAUUAUUUUAACGCAAGGUCUUCAUAACGGGCCUUUGGGAGAGGUGGAGGCUUUUUGUUCUCCUAAAACAGCUUUUUGUUUGUUUUUGUUUUCCCGUCUUGAAUUGGAAAGGGACUGUUUUAACAAGGGGUCCCUCUCUGGAUGUUGGAAUUCCCAUCAUAAGAAUUCCCAUGAGAAUUCCCGUGAGGAUUUGGGAAUGAAGGUGAAAUACGGAAACCUGCUGCUCUU